CCCUCGCUUUCUUGUUGAUCUGAUUUACACACGUCUUGAUGGAAGCCAACGAAAAUUCACCCCCCACUACCAGUCCAUUGCGGACUGAUUCUUCUACUCCCGUGCACGAUAUCCAGAAGCCAGUAUUAGCCAUGCCCGGGAAGGAAAAUGCCAUGGACGUAAACAAUGUGCUCCAGAGUCCUUUGAGAACAGUGACAAAUCGAGUGCAGUCAAAGUCAUUCCAAGUAUAUGACGCAAAGGUAAUGCUACUUUCUCAGAUUCAUACGACACAUUGGGCUAAAGUAGAACUACAGAAAUCGACCAAAUCCGUAGAGACACGUCAGACAAAAGCGGUGAUAGCACCACCCAGGGACCGACCCGUGUCAGUUUCUCCAGCACCGGAAAUGUUGCGACGGUCACCCGUGGCAAAAACGUCAACAACGCGAUUAAUGCUGUCCGAACACAAAUAUCAAGAACGUGACCACGGUCAUGCCACCAAGCUAGAUACCGAGAAAGCGGCUUACGUAAAACCGGUGCCCUCGUUAAAAAAGUUGGCCGAUGAAACAGGAAAAGAAAAACUUUGGCAGCAAGUACAACAGGCCAAACGCGAAGCGGCCGACUUAUCAGCGCGUCUCAAAGCGAGUCGAGCAUCGACGGCUGAUAUGCGUAGAACAUCAAGUCGGUAUGACAGAGAACUGGAAGAAUUGAAAGCAAAAGCAACCGACUCUACAUCCGAUCAAUCAAUCACCACAGAAAAAUGUGACCAGAUAAAAAAGCAGAUUGGGAACCUGGAGGAGGAAAUCGCAGAGAAUGAAGGCAUCCUCGAAGAAUUGUCGGAAGUGCUGGAAGGAUUGGCCGAAGAGGAAACAAUGCCAGCCGACGGAGAAGAACGAUUACAAGCAAAGGAGGACGAAAUCGAUCAGCUGAUGAACCUUAUUCCUACUUUACAGUAUCAAGUGAAAGAACUGCGCAGUGCGUCUUAGUGUCAUCUCAUAUAAAUUUAUCAUGUAGCAUUCAUCCACAUAGUUUUUAAGUCUUGAAAGGCUUUUCAUACAUACUUUAUUUACCAC